UGAAAAGGAAGCGCUGGAGUUUUCCAGAAGAAUCUGUGUGAAGCAGCGCGAGCGGCGCGGUGAGGUGUUCCUGUUUAAACCGGAUUAAAUCCUGAGUCAGGAGAGAUACACACACACACACACCUCUGACUGAGGAGAGAGAAUCACACACACACACACACACACACACACACACACACCUCUGACUGAGGAGAGAGAAUCACACACACACACACACACUCGGGAGCAGCAACAUGACCACCAUCGACUACAGUGUGUGGGAUCACAUCGAGGUGUCUGACGAUGAGGACGAUACACACCCCAACAUCGACACUCCCAGUCUGUUCAGGUGGAGACACCAGGCUCGAGUGGAGCGAAUGGAGGCGUACCAGAAGAAAGGGGCGGAGCUAGAGAAGAGCCUGCUGGAGGCUAAGAAGAAGGUGUGUGAGGCGCAGCGGCGGGUGAAGGAGCUGGAGGGGGCGAGUACGGACCAGGCCAAGAAGGAGCUGGAGGAGGCCAAGGCUCAGGAGAAGCAGCUCCGCAAGGAGGAGAGGAGCUGGGAGAAGAAGGUGGAGGAGCACCGCCGGGAGGAGAAGAAGAUGCCCUGGAACGUAGAUACACUCAGCAAGGAGGGGUUCAGCAAGAGUGUGUUGAAUGUAAAGCCGGAGGUGAAGGAGGAGACAGAAGAGGAAAAGGAGCAGAAACACAAGACCUUUGUGGAGAAGUACGAGAAACAGAUAAAACACUUUGGGAUGCUGCGGCGUUGGGAUGACAGUCAGAAGUUCCUGUCUGAUAAUCCUCACCUGGUAUGUGAAGAGACGGCAAACUAUCUGGUUAUCAUGUGCAUUGACUUGGAGGUGGAGGAGAAACACGCGCUCAUGGAGCAGGUGGCCCAUCAGACCAUCGUCAUGCAGUUCAUCCUGGAGCUCGCUAAAAGUCUGAAGGUUGACCCCCGAGGCUGCUUCCGCCAGUUCUUCACUAAGAUCAAGACGGCAGAUCAGCAGUAUCAGGACGCCUUUAACGAUGAGCUGGAGUCGUUUAAGGAGCGCGUACGCGGCCGGGCCAAGAUCCGCAUCGAGAAGGCCAUGAAGGAGUACGAGGAGGAGGAGAAGCAGAAACGCCUUGGACCUGGAGGACUCGACCCUGUGGAGGUGUACGACAACCUGCCUCAGGAGAUGCAGAAGUGCUUUGAUGAGAAAGACAUCCAGAUGUUACAGGAGGCCAUCAGCAAAAUGGACCCUACGGAAGCGAAGUACCACAUGAAGCGCUGUAUCGAUUCGGGUCUCUGGGUGCCGAAUUCACGAACAGACGAUGAUGCUGAGAAAGAGGAGGAGAAGGAGGAGGAGCCUCAGUAUGAGGAAGUAAAGACGGGAGAUGCUCAGUAAACUCCGCCCCCUCAGAACCAGAACGCACCUCCCCCCUGUUUAACGAUUACCCAAAAUCCUCUGGUCUGCCCUAAAGCUUUAAAACAAAUAAACGUGGAAGCUGUUUGGAGUCGUAUUGACUGGUGAGGACUCGGAGCUACUGGAACACAGUUACAUUCUGUGUGUGUGUGUGUGUGUGUGUGUGUGUGUAUGCGCCUCACCACAUGGUGGAUGCUCUUGCAGGUGUAGUGAGCUGUGAUUGGCUGAUGAACACAUGAUUGACAUCCUGGUGUUUUCAUUUCUUUUUUUUUUUUUGUUAUUGUUUUUUAAAUGAUCUCUCCAGCGCCUCCUAUUGAUUUAUCAGUAAAGCGUAUUGAUUAUUAUUAGUGUUAUUAUGUAAUAAUCGUGAGUCAGGAUAGUUUUAUUUUUCUGUCACGCUCAUUAAGUUUAUACACACUCGUGCAUACACACACGCUCACGUCCAUCAUCGUGUUUAUUUCUACUAGAGCAGUGAUGAUUCAAUAAAGGUCUGCUGUAAAUGC